AUGUCGGCCCGACACGUCCUCCUGGGUGUUACAGGCAGCGUCGCCGCAGUCAAGGCGCCGGAGCUUUGUGAGGCGCUCCUUUCGCACGGCGUCAGCGUCGACGUCGUUCUCACCGAGUCGGCGGUCAAGCUGCUUCAGGCUCGCUCGCUCGUCUGCUUUGGCGGAGACAAGCGCCGGGCUGACGCGAUUCGCUGUCCCACGCAGGCCACGUACCGAGGCGGCCAGCCGUGGGAAAAGUUGCUUGCCCUCACCACAGAAUAUGCCGAGCGCUGUAUGACGGCCGCGGCUGCUGGCGGCGGUGCCAGCUCCGGCGGCGGCGAGAUCCCGGCGAUGCGCAUGUACCGCGACAGCGACGAGUGGGCGGCGUACGGCGCGGUUGGAACCGACCCGGUCCUGCACAUCGAGCUGGCCAAGCGGAAUCGACUGCUGCUGAUCGCGCCGCUCUGCGCAAACACACUGGCGGCCGAGCAGCCGCGCUGCGGUUCCUCCUCCGCUGCAAAGUACUACGACCUCGACGACGCGUUUGCGGCGCCACUCAAGGCCGCCUACGGGCCGCGCUGCAUCGAGCGGCCCUUUGUCGUCGCGCCCGCCAUGAACACCUUCAUGUGGCACCAGCGAGUCACCUCGCAGCACGUGGAGGUCCUCGCGGGGCGGGGCGUGCACGUCGUCCCGCCGGUCAGCAAGACCCUCGCGUGCGGCGACACCGGCAUGGGCGCGAUGGCUUCCGUCGAGGACAUCGUCCAGACCACUCUUCGCUUGCUGGAGGAGCACGUGGCGGAGGAAGAGCGCGCCAGAAGAGAGGGGAAGCCGAUUUUUACGCCGUGACGCGUGAGAGAGCUGAGAGGCGCGGGCCGUGGGUGUGGCGCGCUGGCGUGCGCGGUCAUUUAGUCAAACAAGCCGAGAGGCGAGA